AUGUGCGCGCAGCCACAUCGCCAGCCCAUCGAACUCCGAAAACGCGCCGUAUACGGGCACGGCACCCUGGCGUCUUCUGCUACAUCGGCUACCCAUCCUCCAGCACGAGCGCCGAACCCGCCCUCUAACAACGACCCGACGACUUCCCCAAUGACUGCCUUCGCGAGACGCGCCACCGCCGCAGCACGUGGCGCGCGAGUCCGCUCGUCGCGCGCGUGCAUCCGCGUUUUGUCUUCGCCCGCCACCACUCUCCAGUCCCGCUCUCCCGCCCGCGCCGCCUUCGGCUUCAACAUACGCCCGGUGGGCGCUCGUGCGGCCUUCGUCCACCCCAACGCGCCCCUCCCCUCGCGUCCGGUUCCGCCCGGGCCCUCGCACGCAGCAUGCCUGCGCCACAGGCCGACCCCGCGCGCCACCCGCACCCUGCGCGCCACCCGCACCCCGCACGGCACCCCUCCUUUUGCGUCCGGUUUCGCCCGGGCCCUCGCACGCCGUGUGCCUGCGUCACAGGCCGACCCCGCGCGCCACCCACACCCCGCGCGGCACCCCUCCCCUCCCCUCGCGUCCGGUUCCGCCCGGGCCCUCGCAUGCAGCGUAUCUGCGCCACCCGCACCCUGCACGGCACCCCUCCUUUUGCGUCCGGUUUCGCCCGGCCCCUCGCACGCCGUGUGCCUGCGUCACAGGCCGACCCCGCGCGCCACCCGCACCCCGCGCACCACCCGCACCCCGCGCGCCACCCGCGCCGCGCUCCCUACCCAGCCCAAGCCGCCGCCGCCGCCGCGGCGCAGGGACCAGACGCAGGAGACGGCGAAGAGGAGGGAAAGGGGGAAGGGCCCGCCGGUCGCGCGGGGGCGAGAACGUCGCGGAGACGGGGAAGAGGACCGCGUUUUGUGCUCGCCGCGUCCGACUCCCGUCGACGCGAAAGCGUACAAGCCCACAGAAUCGGACUUGGAGUCCGAGUCUGAGGAGGACAGCGAUUCGGGCAAGCCGAGGAGGAGGAAAAAGAAAAAGGGGGAGACCGGCGGUUUGUUGACCGGAUUGCCGACUGUGGGGUAUGGAGGGAAGAGAAGGAAGAGGAAGAGUAUGGGCGGAAAGGAGGACAGUCUGGCUACGCUCGCUGAGGAGGAUGACGGAGAGAUCGUCGAGAAGAUUGGCGAAACGCUGGACAUGCAACGAGCAGGCUCGGUCCAAGCUCCCCCGCUCAUCAUCCGCCCCGCCCCGCGUCCCGGCCACCACGAGAGUCAACCGCCUCUGAUAUCCGACGACUCGUUCAACACCCACCAACGUGGCCCCUCUCUUCCCCGCCGUGUACCCAAGAACCCGAAACCGAAACGAAGCGCGCGUUCGCUCGGCGCUCUCACAAGCCGCGCAGUGAACGUCGUCCUGCGCCUCAUCCUCUUCGCUCUAUCCGAAUCUCUCCGCGCACUCGGUCGAGCACUCGGAACAGUAUUCGACGCCACAAUCCGUAAACCGGCCAAACUCCUCGUCUCGACGAACUUCACGCUGUUCAUCCAGAUCGCGAGCGUAGCGCUCAUCGAUACCUGUUCUACACCGGCCUGCGCUCAGUCAACCUCGGGCACCUCUUCUCGCCCUCGACCCCCCGCACCUGUGUACACCCCACCCGACGUUCCGGCCGCAUCUAUCGCCGAACUCGGUGCGCGGCUCCAGGCGCUUGAGAACGCGCUGGGCAAGCUCAGCCUCGAGGCGGCCCAUGAACGCGCGAGGUUAGACGCGCAUCCGGAUGUCUCUACCAAACUCGAGAGCUUGAGGAAAGAGCUUAGUCGGCAGACGGAGAUCGGGCGGCCGAACGCGCUCAAGCGAGCCAGGAGUGGAGUAAGGAGCGGGACGGGAGGAGUAAGGAGGAGUUGGAUAGGCUGGAGAAGGCUCGGAAGGCGGAGGCCGGAGGCCGAGCGGGUCAAGGCGCUCGAGGAGCGGCUGGGAGGUGUGGAGGGCGGGUUGAAGGAGGCGCUCGAGGUCGUGAGGAAGCCGGUCGUGCUGGUCAACGACAAGUCGCAUGUGCCGGCUUGGUGGACCAAGCUCUCUACCUCUUCGGCCAAGCCGCUUAGCAUCAAGGGCAACAACGGCGAGGACGUCACGGUCCUCAUCGGCGUGCUUGUGGACGAAGUUGUGUUGCGAACACAGGAGGAUGGACUCGCGAGAGCGGACUUAGCCCUCCAUUCCGGCGGCGCGCGUGUCAUACCCAGUCUAACAAGUCCAACACUAGACGGCCCCCCCCCCGCAUGGUCCUCGCGAGGCCCUACACGGUCUCCUCACAGGCUCCGGGGCGCCCGUCGGCCGCCCACCCGUCUACAUACUCCACCACGACACCUCCGCAGGCAUGUGCAGGCCCUUCGGCGGGCUCCCAAGGAAUGCUCGAUAUCGCUCUCGCUCGCACAGUUGCAGGACGACGAUGCCGAAGAGUCCUACCUACCCCGCCGAGCUCCCCAAAAGUGCGAAGUACGGCCGCAUUGCGUCAUUCGAGUAUGA